UGAAGAAGAAAGGGAAGGGAGAUAAAAAAAAUCAUCAUCAUCAUUGAUCAUCCUCUUCCCUAAUUGUAUGUGCAUGAUUAAUGAUGAUGAGGAAUCUGUGUCCAAAUUCGGACAAGGAAGGGGGCCUAGACACGGUGCUGGAGGUCCCGAUCCCGGAGGAGAUGUUCGAGAAGAUGGGCGGGAGCACGGCCGACGUCCGGUGGCAGAACAUGCGGGAUCUCAUGCGGGCCCACUACCAGUCUGCGGCCGAUAAGUGGGCCGCCAUCGCCAACCCUCUUCUCUCCGACACCGACCACUUCAUGCUCCUCCUCAAGCUUGUCUCGUCCGCCUUCAUCCCCUUCCGCGUCCAGCUCGAUCAUGCUCUCACCACCCCCAUCAAAGAUGGCUCCAUUGAAUCUUGCACUGCGAAGUACAUAGUGCAGCAAUAUCUAGCGGCGGCGGGAGGGGUGACGGCGCUCAACGGCGUGAGCAGCAUGUACGCGGUGGGGCAGGUGAAGAUGGUGGUAGCGGCGUCGGACACCGACAAGGCUAUGGAGAAUGCUAGAUUGAAUAGUGAGGCGGGUGGGUUCGUGAUAUGGCAGAUGAAUCCAGAGUUAUGGUACCUCGAGCUUGUCGUUGCCCGCCACAAGAUCAGUGCCGGGAGCGACGGAAAAAUUAACUGGAAUCACUCUAAUGCCCCCAAUUGCAACAUCAGUCGAGGCCCUCCUCGACCCCUCCGAAGAUUUUUCCAGGGUUUAGACCCGAGAUCUACUGCGAACCUCUUCUCGAACACGGUGUGCAUCGGGGAGAAGAUCAUCAACGACGAGGACUGCUUCAUCCUCAAACUCGAGACGAGCUCCGACGUGCUCAAGGCACAGAGCACCCCGCACACGGAGCUCGUCCACCACACCAUAUGGGGCUACUUCAGCCAGAGGUCCGGCCUCCUCAUCCAGUUCGAGGACACGAAGCUCAUCCGGAUGAAGCCCGCCGCGCCCUCAGCCUCUGCCGCGGGCGACGACUGCGUCUUCUACGAGACCAGCCUCCAGUCCUUCCUCGAAGACUACCGCCAUGUCGACGGCAUCAACAUCGCCCACUCCGGGAAGACCACCGCCUCCAUCUACAGAUAUGGGAAGACUCACAAGAAGAGGUGGAAGUUGGAGGAGACUUGGAGUAUUGAAGAGAUUGAUUUCAACAUCUCUGGUUUGUCUGUUGAUUAUUUCUUGCCACCAGCUGAUGAUGAUGAUCAUCACAAGGACAGUGAUGAACAUAAUUGUGAAAAUGGCAUAUCAUGCUAGGAUGAUUUUUUUUAAAAUUUUGUUUUUUGAUGGAUGUUUGUUUAAUUUGUGUGAAGUUAAUGGUUUUGAUGAGUAUCAAAUAUUUAUGUGUCAUAUGGUGAUUUUAUAUAGUGGGGACAUGUAAAAAUUCCCAAUUUUCCACUUUCACAAAUUGCUAGGUUUGGCUUGUAAAUUAAAUAGUUUUUAAUUGAAUU